AUGACGUCCUCCAGACUCGCCGCCGGCACCGUGCGGAUGGACGUGCUCGUUCGCGGCUCUCAUUCCGCUCGCCUGCCGCUGCUUCCGCGAGGCGGGCAACGGCGGUGCGCGCAGGAUCCGCGUGUGUCGUCAAGCGCGCUCCUCCCCCGCCACCCGCUCUUUCACUCCGCCGGUCGCUCGAACCUAUCCGCCGCCAGAGCGCGCGAAUCGAUAAGCUGCCGCGCCUCCUUCAACGGCUACGGCCGCCGAUCCUCGCGCGCGCGGGACGACCGCAGUCACGCGCAAGCGCGCGCAGAGGGGGGCAUGUGGCAGGGGGAGGAAGGGGAGGAGAGGGGCAGGCGGGAUGCGGGCAGAUCAGCGUCGGGGGGAGCCGGUCCGGCGUGGAUGGGGAUGGGCGCGGGAGAAGGGGGCGCGCGGGCGGGCGUGGGCGACGCGCAGCGGUUGCUGAUUGGCGGCGUCGUGCUGGCGGCGGUGACGUGGCUCAAGUUCGCGACGGACGGCCAUCUGGGGUGGCUGGGCGACGGCGCGCUCGAGGGCGUCGCGCAGCUCUGGUUCGUGUUCUAUCUGUUGGACGUGGCGCUCACCACGGCCACGUGGAUAGUCGGCAAGCUCACCUCCUCGCUCGCCGUCGCCAAUUCCUUCCAUCCUCACGCUCUCCUCUCUCCCGCCUCUCAUGCCCUUCCGUCCACUCACUCACCCCUCAUACCACCUGCUGGCUUGGAUCACCCAUGCUUGCUCCGCAGCACUUAUGAAGAUGGCAGAUUUCAGCAAGCGGACGGCAGCAGCCGUGGCUUCAAUUCCCAAUCAAGGUCACAAUCUCAAGUCAAGCAGGGUUGGAGGGCGACAGGGACAGACAGAGUGGUGGACGUGGAGGCCACAGUAGUUGACAAGGAUUAG